GAGGCGAGUCCCGGCUCGGACGGAGAGGGUCUGGCCGAGAGGACGUCGUGCUCAUUUGGCUCACCCGCCGACCUGGCCCCCGGCCCCUGCAGCGACCCAUCGCCCCCGGCCUCCAUGGAGGAGAUCCAGGUGGAGCUGCAGUGCGCAGACCUGUGGAAGCGCUUCCAUGACAUCGGCACAGAGAUGAUCAUCACUAAGGCGGGCAGGCGGAUGUUUCCUGCCAUGCGGGUAAAGAUCGCAGGACUGGACCCUCAUCAGCAGUAUUACAUCGCCAUGGACAUUGUGCCUGUGGACAACAAGAGAUACAGGUAUGUGUACCACAGCUCGAAGUGGAUGGUGGCAGGAAACGCCGACUCCCCGGUGCCUCCGCGGGUCUACAUCCACCCAGACUCUCUGGCCUCAGGAGACACCUGGAUGAGGCAGGUGGUCAGCUUCGACAAACUCAAACUCACCAACAACGAACUGGACGACCAGGGACACAUCAUCCUCCACUCCAUGCACAAGUAUCAGCCUCGUGUUCACGUCAUCAGGAAGGACUUCAGCAGCGAACUCUCUCCAAACAAGCCGGUGCCGAGCGGCGAGGGAGUGAAGACCUUCAGCUUCCCCGAGACCGUCUUCACCACCGUCACCGCCUACCAGAACCAGCAGAUCACCAGACUAAAGAUCGAUCGCAACCCGUUCGCCAAAGGAUUUCGGGACUCCGGCAGAAACAGGACCGGCCUGGAGGCCAUCAUGGAGACUUAUGCUUUCUGGAGACCUCCUGUGAGGACCCUGACAUUUGAAGACUUCACCAACAUGCAGAAACAACAAGGUGGAAGCACAGGCACUUCACCCACCACCUCCAGCACAGGAACCCCCUCCCCUUCUGGUGCGGCCCACCUCCUGUCCCCCUCCUGCUCCCCUCCGACCUUCCACCUGGCUCCCAACACCUUCAAUGUGGGCUGCAGGGAAAGUCAGCUCUGCAACCUGGGUCUGUCUGAGUACCCAGCGUGUGCCCGCAGUAACAUGGCGGCCCUGCAGGGCUACGGUGGCCUGGCCGACAGUUCCUACGGACGCCUCCAGGCUGCAGGGGGCGGUGUGGCCUCCGCUCAGCCCUCUGAAUCCUUCCUUCCACAGAGGACUUCCUCCUUGAUUGCUGCUGGUAUGCAAGGGAGCACUCAUCCAUCCCUGACCGGUGGCAGUGGCGGCAGUGGCACCGGAGGCAAGAUGGAAGCCUAUGGCGGUCAGCUCGGCUCCUUCCCAGCCUCGCAGCUUCAGUAUGUGAUGCAAGCCGGAGGCGGCUCGAGCGCCGCCUCAUCCUCCUCAUCCGGAUCCUCCCCUUCCUCCGCCCACAUGUUCAGUGGGAGCCACCACCACGUGCAGCAGGGCUCCUACAACGCUUUCUCCCUGCACAACCCUUACAACCUGUACGGAUACAACUUCCCCACCUCUCCUCGUCUGGCCACCAGCCCGGAGAAGCCCCAGGGAGGUUUGCUCUGCUCCUCCUCACCUGCCGGGGCCUUCGCUGAGCGCCAGUACCUGUCCAACGGAGGCAUGGACACGAUGCACAUGAUCGGCAACACCACCGGUGGCCAGCAGGGCGGCGGCUCCUGCGACGGUCGUCAAUAUGGCUCCUCUUCUCAGAUGUCAAUGCACAUGGUGUAG